AGAACACAAAAGAAAGGGGAAAAAAACACACCAAAUGACAAGACAAACCCCAACCACUUCGGGUCAUCCUCCAUCAUCAUCUCCCAAAUGCAACAAAUUAUUUCCAAUAAUAAUAACAAUAUUUGAUUCCAAUGGCCGGCCAAUUCAAUAACCAUUUAAAUACACCACUAAUACUAUUACACUCAUUAUUAUUUCACUCUCUAAAAUGGCUACUGCUUACUCUUUCUCUGUGUCAGCCAAACCACAUUUUGAGUCUUCCAAAAUUAUCCCAUCUUCAAAUAUUGUUUCAUUAUCAUCACCAUCAUCUGUGAUCAAGUCGAAACGAAACGGGUAUGGCGGAGUUAGAAUUGUGAGAUCAUGCAGUGAAGUGGUGGCAGCCAUCAAAUUGGUUGAGAGUGAGAAUAAGAAAAAGGAGAAAGGAAGUGGAAAGGAGGUAUUGAAAGUUGGGUUAAUAUGUGGUGGGCCAUCUGCUGAACGUGGUAUUUCUCUUAAUUCUGCAAGAUCAGUCCUUGAUCAUAUUCAGGGAGAUGAUCUGCAUGUAAGCUGCUAUUACAUUGACCCCAAUCUCAAUGCGUAUGCUAUAUCCUCUGCCCAGGUUUAUUCAAAUACUCCUGCUGAUUUUGAUUUUAAACUUGAAAGCCUAGCACAAGGUUUCGAGACUUUGACGGAAUUUGCGGAACAUCUAGCUGCAUCUGUGAAUAUAGUUUUCCCUGUCAUACAUGGUCGUUUUGGUGAAGAUGGUGACAUUCAGGAGCUUCUUGAAAAAUCAAAUGUUCCAUUUGUUGGCACAAGAUCAAAGGAAUGCCGUACAGCAUUUGACAAGUAUGAUGCCUCCUUGGAACUUAAGAGACAGGGAUUUAUAACAGUGCCCAACUAUGUACUACAGGGAAGCGAAUUGGACGAGUCUGGUCUAUCAAAGUGGUUUUUUGACAAUCAGCUAGAUCCUAACUCAGGGAAAGUUGUGGUGAAACCAACAAGAGCAGGAUCAAGUAUCGGUGUUACAGUUGCCUAUGGUUUCUCUGAUUCCCUAAACAAAGUUAGAGAAAUUAUUUCCGAGGGGAUCGAUGACAAGGUUAUUAUUGAAAUUUUUCUCGAAGGAGGUAGAGAGUUUACUGCAAUUGUUCUUGAUGUUGGUUCUGAUUUUGACAGUCAACCAGUUGUAUUCCUUCCUACAGAGGUUGAACUUCAAUCUAGUGAUAGUGCUGACAUAAAUGAGAAAGAUGCAAUAUUUAACUAUCGCCGGAAGUAUCUUCCCACUCAGCAGGUUGUUUAUCACACUCCACCUCGUUUUCCAUUAGAUGUAAUACAAAAAAUUCGUGAAGGAGCAUCUAUAUUAUUCAAAAGGCUUGGUUUACGGGAUUUUGCAAGGAUUGAUGGUUGGUUUUUACCGCAUUCUGCUAGAUUAUCAUCAUCAGAAGCAAAUGAUUUUGGGAAGACUGAAUCAGGAAUUGUUAUAUUUACUGACAUCAACUUGAUUAGCGGAAUGGAGCAAACAAGUUUCCUAUUUCAGCAAGCUUCAAAGGUUGGCUUCUCUCACUCAAAUAUCCUGAGAACCAUUAUUCAGCGUGCUUGUUUGCGAUUCCCCAGCCUUGCUUCAUAUAUAUGUGAAUCAAAGCCGUCAUAUACAAGAUCAAAGAAGUCUGAACAUGAAGGGGCUCGCAAAGUAUUUGUUAUUUUUGGUGGAGACACGUCUGAACGCCAAGUAUCUCUUAUGAGUGGAACUAAUGUUUGGUUAAAUCUUCAAGUAGCCGGUGAUCUUGACGUAACUCCUUGCUUACUUGCUCCGGCAAACGAUGAUUCAUCUGAUCAAAAAGAUGACAGCUUGAGGACAGUUUGGUCAUUACCUUACUCCCUUGUGCUAAGACAUACAACAGAAGAAGUACUUGAUGCUUGCACAGAGGCACUUGAACCCGAUCGUGCUGCAUUGACUUCUCACUUAAGGAAGCAAGUGAUGGAUGAACUAGCUAAUGGUUUCAAGAACCACAGUUGGUUCACGGGUUUUGAUAUAUCUGAUGAACCACCUAUGAAGCUUACACUACAGAACUGGAUAAAGCUGGCCAAGGAAGUUCAAGCAACAGUUUUUAUUGCAGUGCAUGGAGGAAUUGGUGAAGAUGGUACACUUCAAGCGUUGCUGGAAGCUGAAGGAGUACCUUAUACAGGUCCUGGAUUUUCGGCUUCAAAGAUAUGUAUGGACAAAGUAGCAACAUCUCUUGGUGUUAAUCAUCUUACACAUCUCGGGGUUCUUACUAUAAAUAAGGAUGUGAGGAGAAAGGAAGAUCUUUUGAAUACAUCUGCUAGUGACAUUUGGCAUGAAGUGAUAUCAAAGCUCCAUUGUGAAACCGUAUGUAUCAAACCAGCAAGAGAUGGAUGCUCAACAGGAGUUGCAAGACUCACGUGCGCUGAGGACCUUGGUGUUUAUGUAAAAGCAUUGGAAGAUUGUCUUCCUCGAAUUCCUCCAAAUAGCUUGGCAAAGGCACAUGGACUAAUUGAGAUGCCAGUUCCUCCACCAGAGUUUUUAAUCUUUGAACCUUUCAUUGAAACGGAUGAGAUCACUAUAGUAUCCAAAUCCACAAAUGAAAAUGAACGUCUCUUGUGGAAAGGAAAUAGUAGAUGGGUCGAGAUAACUGUUGGGGUCAUAGGAAAACGAGGUCAUAUGCGCUCUCUGAUGCCUAGUGUCACUGUUAAAGAAAGUGGUGACAUAUUAUCACUUGAAGAGAAAUUUCAAGGUGGAACAGGGAUUAAUCUUACCCCACCCCCAUUGUCAAUUAUGAGCACCGAGGCAUUGAUGCGAUGCAAAGAACGAAUUGAGCUUAUAGCUAACACCCUGGAGCUCGAAGGAUUUUCUCGUAUUGAUGCUUUUGUUAAUGUUGAUAGUGGAGAGGUUUUGGUUAUUGAAGUGAAUACCGUGCCUGGAAUGACGCCUUCAACUGUAUUGAUUCAUCAGGCACUUGCAGAAGAACCUCCAGUGUAUCCUCAUCGGUUUUUCCGUACUCUUCUUGAUUUGGGUUCUGAACGAUUCAUGUAAAACUUUUGUGCUUAUACAACAUGCAGUCCUUGGAAAAAAAAAAGUGUUGUGGUUUCUUUAAUUUGAAUUGGUCAGUCGAACAAAAUCAAAUGAUAUGGAUUAAUUAAUACAGUAGAUGUUUUUAUACAAUUGUUUAACGAUUGGCAUCAA